AUGUCAACGUGGGUCUCGCCCUCACUCUCGAGGUUCAACAAGCCCUCUACCUCCUCUUCCUCCUCUUCCUCCUCGUCCUCCUCUUCCUCCUCUUCCUCCUCUUCAUCCUCCUCCGAUUCCUCCACCGAACCCUCAGCCUAUGCACCACAGUACGAACCCAUCACUCUCGGCUCAUCUUUCGUCCUCAAACCACUCACGCCACCAUCCGUAUCCAACCUCACCCCCUCAACCUGUAUCGCCAUAGGCGAGUUCAAAGAACUUCUCCGCCAAUACCGUCAACUGGACGAUGGAAUAUCCACCCGUCUCAAUCGCAGUUUCGCCCGCUCCCGAGCUCUCGGUCAAUCCGCCUCUCCUUCCCUCCUCUCCUCUUCCAGUAUGAACUCAGCUAGCUCCUCAGACUUGGGCACGAGCACAUACGCUACUCCUGCACCUGGAGCCUGUGCUGCAUUCUGGAGACAACUAGUCGACGUUUGGAUCGGCAGAGAAGAAGUCGUUCGAUUCUGCAUCAAAGUUGCCGAUCAAAACAACCCUUCAAGCUCUACUCAGAACAAUACAGCACCAGGCAGCAGUAAGGAUAGAUUACUCGACGCAGAUUACCAUCCUUCCUCGGCACCAGCAAGUGUGGUGAACGCAGGCGAACAAAGAUGGAGUCGAGCAGAAAAUAGUGCAGAGACCCUAGCUAGACAGUUACAUAACGAGUUGAAAGUGGAAAGCAUUAUUAGGGCUCGAAGUUUAGAUGAGUUCAAGUCGAGAUGCAAGUUCUUCACUCCAAACCCACCACCCGGUCCAGAAGGCGAUAGGGAAAGAGCAAUGUGGCAAGGUCUACCCACGCCUGCUGCUCAAGCUUCUGCCCAAGGAGCUGUACGUCCAUAG